AUGUCUGAAAUUCGCAGGAAGCUCGUCAUCGUCGGUGAUGGUGCUUGCGGAAAGACCUGUCUCUUGAUUGUCUUCUCCAAGGGCACUUUCCCCGAGGUUUACGUCCCCACCGUGUUCGAGAACUACGUCGCCGAUGUCGAGGUGGAUGGAAAGCACGUUGAGCUUGCGUUGUGGGAUACUGCCGGCCAGGAAGACUACGACCGUCUCCGUCCCCUCAGCUACCCCGACUCCCAUGUCAUCCUUAUUUGCUUCGCCGUAGACUCCCCGGAUUCGCUCGACAACGUUCAGGAGAAGUGGAUUUCCGAGGUUAUGCACUUCUGCGCUGGUCUCCCCGUCAUCCUCGUUGGUUGCAAGAAGGAUCUCAGGCGCGACCCGCGUGUGAUUGAGGAGCUCAGGAAGACUAACCAGCGGCCGGUCACCCCUGAGGAGGGUAUGGCGGUGGCGCAACGGAUUGGCGCGCGGCACUACCUCGAGUGCUCCGCCAAGUCGGGCGAAGGCGUUCGUGAGGUGUUCCAGUACGCGACUCGCGCGGCUCUUAUCGUCAGGGGGAAGGGCAAGAAGAGUCAUGGCUGCGUCGUCCUCUAA